AUGGCGUCGUCGGGCCCGAAUCCCACCAUCAACACCUUCCACCAGCUAAUCGCAAAGCUGACUGAUCCCGACCCCGACCUUCGAUACAUGUCCCUCGAUGAUCUCCUCAAGAUCCUAAACGGCAACAGAAUCGACAUCUUGCACAGCAACUUCAGCACAGCUGCACAAGUCGUCGAUGCUGUAAUCAAGACUCUCGACGAUCAGAAUGGCGAGGUUCAGAAUAUGGCACUUCGGUGCAUUGGUCCUUUGGUUGCACACGUUCCCGUCAGUGUGAUAGGAUCCACUCUCGAGAAGCUCACUGCCCUCAAGAUCAAGAACUCAGUUGACAACUCACUCCCCUCCCUCGCUCUACGAAAUGCCAUUGCCGCCUUGCCCAAGCCUGUUCGUGGUACCGCUCCCGGAAGAGACGUCGUUGAGACUUAUAACAUCAUCUCCCGCGUUCUUAUCCCCAGAAUCCUUGGUAUCCCUGCUUCCGGAAUCACCAGGAAUUCUCAGAGCGAAACACAAGGUCUAUUAGAUGAGAAGACCAAGCUCACCUCGGAAUCCGUCGAUGUUCUAAUCGAAGUCGUUCUAAACUACGGUCCCUUACUCCAAUCACUCGAGGUCGAGAAGCUCCAAGAUGUCGUGGUGAAGGUCCUGGAGAGAAGAAGCUCGUCAGGCCCCGUCAAGAAGAGGGCUGUCGUUGCUCUGGCAGUCCUCGCUCCAUACCUUUCGGACGAUGUUUUGGGCGCUUUCGUUUCAAAGGUCACCAAUGCCCUCGGUCAGAAGGACCUCGGCCCUGUUAUGCGUAAGCUCUACAUCACAAUCUUAGGAUCACUGUCGCGGUCUAUCCCAUUUCAGCUCGGCGAACAUCUUCCAACACUGUUUCCUUUCAUCAUCAAUGCUCUGAGCCAGGAUGAGCUCCAGGCACAACUUGACGCAGUUGGCGAGGGCGAUGACCAGGCUGCCAUUGAGUUCAACGAGGUUCGAGAGGCUGCUUUAAUCACUCUCGAGGCCCUGCUCGCCUCUUGCGGCACACAAAUGCGGCCCUACACAGAUCAGGUUAUUCCCGCAUGUCUUCGCUAUCUCAAGUACGACCCGAACUAUGCUAUUGAUGACGACGAAGAUAUGGAUGAUGAUGAUGGUGAUGAACCAGACGCCGAGAGUGAAGAGGAUGAAGAGGAUGAAUUCGGAGACGAUGAAGGCUUUGAUGACGACGAUGACGCCAGCUGGAAAGUGCGAAGAUCCGCCGCCAAGACCCUCAAAACUCUCAUUUCGACUCGCAGUUCCGAUCUUCUUAACGAGGGCACUCUUUAUUCACAGGUUGCUCCCCAGCUCAUUAAACGCUUCGAGGAACGAGAGGAGAGCGUCCGUCUAGAGGUGGUGGAGACCAUGGCUUUGUUGAUAAGGAAGACCGGCGAAGGUGUCAUUCGAUCCAUAUCAUCGUCAGAUGACCAGCUCGAGCUGCCAUCUCUUCCAGAAUCUCGCAAGCGCCGACGACAAGAUAGCGGCGGUCUUGCCCUUACCAAUAAGGCGCCUUACUUGGGCCUUGGUGCUACUGGCUUGACUUCACCAACGAGAGAAGAGGUCCCGCCUACUGGUCCUAGAGCCGACCUCUCUCAAUUAACGCCAAACAUUGUCAAGGCCUCGACAAAGCUGUUGAAUGGCAAGCAGAUUCCAACCAAACAAGCUGUCGUUAAGCUCCUUGACGACCUCAUCUCCCUGCAGAACGGUGGCCUUGCCGACUACUUCGACCAGGUCAUGCAGCCUAUCAUCGAUGUCACCAGAGGCUCUGCCGGUGGUGUUGGCUCUGCAUCAACCACUCUAUCGGGUGGAGCUUCAUCGGCUACACCAACUACUCUUCGUGUCACUGUUUUGGCCUUCAUUAGCGACAUUGCCAGAACCCAUUCCUCCAACCUCUUCCAACCCUACUUGUCCAAGAUCACAGACGGCGUAGUUACGGCGGUCCAAGAUCGAUUCUACAAGAUUUCAAGUGAGGCUAUCAGAACCGCCGAGGAAAUGGUCAAGGCGAUCACCCCACCACGAGCUCUGCGUACUUCACAGAAGUACAGGCCUGAGCUGCUCAAGCUGUACGAAAUCAUUGUUGAACGAGCUGCAUCUAAUGACGCAGACGCAGAGGUUCGCCAAAAAUCGAUCCAAGCGCUUGGCACUUUGCUUUCACGCACCUCUGCGGGUGAGGGAGCCGCGCUGCUGCCGGCUGACAAGCGCCAAUUCGGUCUCAGUCUUCUCCUGGAUCGCCUUCGCAAUGAGACCACUCGUCUCUACGCCGUGCGUGCUAUCGACAAUGUUGCCGCCCACAUCACUGCAACUGGAAGUCUUGAUGCAGCUUGGGUUCAGCCUGUUGCCUUGGAGCUCUGCGGUCAGCUUAGAAAGACCAACCGUGCUCUUCGUGGUGCCAGUGUCCAGGCUUUGCAGCACCUUAUCAUGUCGCCCGUUGUGAAGGGUAACCUUGAGGACAGCACGAUUGAGGGCAUCGUAUCAGCUAUCUCACCUGUUAUCGCUGCUAAUGACAGCCAUCUCUUGAGCCCGGCCCUACACGUUCUCGCCCAUCUUGAAGAGAUAAAGCCCGAGCUCAUCCUAAUGUCUGGCCUUAUCGCAAACAUCUGCAACCUGCUCAGAUCGGUCGUCACAGAGUCUGCACUAAAUGCACUGUUGGCUCUUGCUAUCAGUGUCGGAAAGGGUGGCCAGGGCCAAGAGUUGAUGAAGGGAGUUCUUGGAGUUGGCGUUUCUGGCGACAACGGGGCCGUUGGAAAGAUCGCCGGUACGCUGUUUGUGGCGAGUGGUGGCAAGGCUGGUAUCACCGUUGACAGCUUUGUUCAGGAGCUGAACGCUGCAAGUAAGAGGAACCCACCAGACGAUCCCAGACAAUGUCUGGCUUUAUACAUCUUGGCCGAGAUUGGACUGCGUCUUGGUACGAUGUCGCCCAUCUCCCCUGACCUAUUUCUGCAGCAAUUCCGCGAAGAACCUGACAAGGUUUCGUUGGCUGCAGCCAUCUCCCUGGGCCGUGCUGGUGCUGGUAAUGUAUCGGUUUUCCUGCCUAUCAUUCUCAGUAACGCUAAGCAAUCCGGAAACCGACAGUACCUCCUCCUUCAGUCCAUCCGCCAAGUCUUGAGCCAAGUAGUAGACUCGUCAAUCGACAUUAGCCGUUAUGAAGCAGAAAUUUGGGAUCUUCUUUUCGCGGCAUCCCAGCACGAAGACAACAAGGCUACUUGUGCCGAAGCUAUUGGCAGCAUGGCGAUCAUUUCACCAAAGACCUACAUCCCCAAACUUCAGCAACUAUUCCAGUCCUCUGAACCUCAGUAUCGAGCUGUGGCCAUUCAGGCCGUUCGAUAUACUCUUCCGGAGAGUGAGGAGGCUUUUGAUUCCAUGCUGAAGACUGUCCUCGUCAAUAUGCUCCUUACUGUUCUCCAAGACAAGAACAUGGAAAUUCGUCGUUUAGCCAUGACUACUCUCAAUUCAGCUGCACACAACAAACCCGAUCUCAUUCUUCCACACCUUGGCGAACUCGUGCCGUUCGUUAUGGCCGAGUCUGUCAUCAAACCAGACCUCAUUCGUGAGGUGCAGAUGGGUCCUUUCAAGCAUCAGGUAGAUGACGGUCUUGAAGUUCGAAAGAGCGCCUACGAGACUUUAUAUGCUCUCAUGGAGACUUCUUUUUCGAGAAUUAGCUCCUUGGAGUUUUACGACCGCGUCAUCGCUGGUUUAAAGGACGAAAACGACAUUCGCGCACUUUGUAACCUGAUGCUAAGCAAGCUAAUUGUCAUCGAUCCUGAUGAGACGACUCGCCGUUUGGACACCAUCGCUGAAUGCUACCGCAAGGUUCUGAGCACCAAGCUGAAGGAGGGGUCCGUCAAGCAGGAACUUGAGCGACAAGAUGAAACCAACAAGUCCAUUCUUCGUGUCACCAUUCUCUUGGCCGACAAGACAAAGACUGCAUUGCCAGGUAUCAAUGCAGGUAACAAUACUCAGGCUCAGCAACAGUCACAGCAGCAGGUAUCCAACCCUGUGUGGCAGCAAUACUGGGAGUGGGUUAACAGGGACUUUGAGCGACCCAUCAAAGCGCUCCGCGAUGAGGUUAGGGAUCUUGCAUAG